AUGAGCUCCAAUAUGCAUCCAGAUCCCAAUGACCAGCAUGGCUUUACACCGAUCCCUCCGUAUCCAUCCAACAGUUACGAUGCCGACCGUCUGAACAUGCCCCAGCCGCAGAUGCCCCCACAUGGAUCGUCUCCCAUCAGCAUGGAGGCAGACAGAGCACGACCGUCGUCCUUGGGGCCCAGUCACGGCCAUAUCAACGAUGCCGUGAGCUCAGCAGUGAACCAUGCCAACUCCUCGGAUUACCUGUCUCCAGACGUCGUGAGUCAAAUCACCGCAACAGUCAUUCAACAGCUCAAGGCGACCGGCUUGGGUAAUCUUCAGGGCAACGGCCCGAUGGCGACGGCGCCGCCACCACCACGAUCGCAGUCGCAGUCGCAGCAACAAGCGUGGUCCAUGAGCCCGGAUGUCGCCCCUCGUUCGCAAUCAGAAUCACCUCCGGCCAUAUCGCAAUGGAAUGAUGCGGUCCCCGCGCCGCCGCCGCAGGCGCAGGUGAGUCCGAGGUCCAGCACCUCUGACACGGCUCAAUCGAACCCCACACCCCAAGCCCCAUCAUUGUCAGCACCGCAGAGCGAAAUGAGAGAGAUUCGAACUUCAUCCAAGUCAUCGCCAGACUCUAUCAGAGGGAGACGAGACUCGGUGUCCAGCCAUGGCAGUCAGAAGGUCGAGCGACCCAAACCACCGUCCCGUGAUGCGACAGUGGUGGAGAUGACGACGUUGGAGAAAAUCUGGGGCAAGCUGUUUGUGGAUGAUCAACCGACCAAGAGACUCGGCCAAUUCCUGCGGGGAAUCGCAAUGCAUCUGAUUGAAGAUUUCCCCCCCGGAAAUACGCUUGUGAUCGUGCCGGACAAAUUGCAGAAGUUCUAUGCCGAUACUGAGGUGUCGUGGGACCCCUACCCCUGGCAAGACAUCUUUGAUGAUCGGACAUCAUCCAUAUCCAGACUCUUCCGGGAAGUUAAAGCGCAACAUCAUUUGGUGCAGCUCGAUGAUCUCAGAGAGAGGCCGGACAUACCGGGGUUGACUCCCAAAGGGUUCGAAGUGUGGGCCACGAUCAUGAUCCAGAUCCAUCCAGAGCGCGAGCAUGAGCGAUUGCAAAAAGCGGUUCUGAACAUGCCUAUCAGCAACCCCGACGACAAGAAGGAGCGUUUCCCCAAGGAGCUUCCUCGGCGACUCUUCCCCGAUCUCCCCAACUUGAAAUUGAGAGAGGAAGUUGAGGAGUACAUCAUGAGGCACUGCGGUGUCGAUCUGCCACCCAUCACGGAUGAAGAGCGCUCGCGUGCGAGUCGGUCCAAGAAGACUGCCCCCGCCACUCAUCUCGACCCCGCCCAGUCUCGCCCGUCCGGGUCAGCCUCAUCGUCCUCCGCGGUGAUUGACGACGAGGAUGAGGUCCUUCCAUCCAAACCUAUUGAGCGGGAGAGGAAGCCCUACACGGCUCAACCCGGAGGAGGCAAGAAAUUUGAAGACGCCAGUCUCCCUAGGAGCCGCACAGAGAGUUUUUCGUCCAGUCGCCCUGCAGAGGUCCCGAGCUCUGCCACAAGUCACCGACACUCGACGUCAGACAAAUACACUGUCGACUCGCUGUACUCUGGGCGAGGGGCGCCGGGGGCAGGCAAGGCACGUCGGCGAUACUCGAGAGGCUCCCGCAGCUCGUCCCGCAGCGUGGGUCACGAUUACCGCCAUUCUGAAAGUGAUCUUCUCGGGCGUGACUCGGGUUCCGCACGAUAUGGGGCGGCUUCCACAGGUGACAUCUACUCCGACUCGCCUUCCUCGGUAUUGCCAGACGACGACGUUCGACGAUAUCGAGACCAUCAUCGCGGGGGGAGUCGAACCGGCGACGAGGAGUACUACCGUGGAUUACUCGGUGGCCAGGGCGGCGGUCCUGUGCACGAACACAAGCGAUACCAUUAA